ACCAGAAGUUAGCCUUGAUAUGGAGAAAAUGUUGAUUAGUGAUGGAUAGGCUCGCUAUGUACGGCUCUGACUGUCCAUGCGUCCUCUGCUGGAAUAAAUGAUACGCAUACAUUGCUGGUUGUCCCGUAACAAUAUCGAUAAAGACAGAAGGAUGUAUGUUUUAACCAGAGUACCAAACUGAAGUUAGCAUUCAAAUCGCAGGCAGGGCUCGGGGACAUCUCUGGAUUUACGUUAGCAACAACGGUGGCAGGUACCGUAGCAACUGCAGACGCUUCUCUCAUUCACAGUUACAGCUAACAGAGUAUGCUAAAAGCACACUCGCACAGUUUUCAGGGAUCGACAUAGCAAAUAUCCACGAUGAGACUGAAAACAUCGCUGCUACAGGAACCCAAACAUAAGGAACUUGUGAGCUGUGUUGGAUGGACCACAGCAGAUGAGCUGUACUCAUGCAGCGAGGACCACCACAUCCUCAAGUGGAACCUACUGACCAGUGACACUAGUCUGGUUGUCAGAUUGCCAGAGGACAUUUACCCCAUUGACCUACAUUGGUUCCCCAAGACUGUUGGUGUCAAGAAACAGAGCCAGAAUGAGAUCUGUGUCCUUACUAGCACUGAUGGGAAGUUUCACCUGACCUCCAAGAUGGGGCGCAUUGAGAAGAGUGUUGAAGCACACAAGGGAGCUGUUUUGGCAGGAAGAUGGAACUAUGACGGGACUGCUCUUAUUACAGCUGGAGAAGAUGGACAAAUCAAGAUCUGGUCAAAAAGUGGGAUGCUUCGCUCAACACUAGCCAGCCAGGGGUCUCCUGUGUAUUCUGUGGCCUGGGGUCCAGACUCAGACAGAAUCCUCUACACAUCAGGAAGACAGCUAGUCAUCAAGCCUUUGCAACCCAGCGCCAAAGUCAUACAGUGGAAGGCUCAUGAUGGGGUUGUUCUGAAGGUGGACUGGAAUUCAGUUAAUGACCUCAUACUGUCAGGUGGAGAAGACUGUAAAUAUAAGGUAUGGGACAGCUUUGGUCGUCUGCUUUACUCCUCAUCGUCUCAUGACUACCCGGUCACCUCUUUGUCCUGGGCUCCAGAUGGAGAGGUGUUUGCCGUGGGCUCCUUCAACACCCUGCGGCUCUGUGACAAGACUGGAUGGUCCUAUGCGUUGGAAAAGCCCAACACAGGCAGUGUGUUCAGCUUGGCCUGGUCUGCAGACGGCACCCAACUGGCUGGGGCCUGUGGCAACGGGCAUGUCAUCUUUGCCCAUGUGGUGGAGCAGCACUGGGAGUGGAAGAACUUUGUGAUCACCCUUACCAAGAGGAGAACCAUGCAGGUGAGGAAUGUGUUGAACGAUGCAGUGGACGUACUGGAGUUUCGAGACCGAGUUAUCAAAACCUCUCUGGCAUACAGUCACCUUGUAGUUGCCACAUCACUUCAGUGUUACGUCUACAAUUCGAGAAACUGGAACACUCCCCUCAUCUUUGACCUGAAGGAGGGAACAGUGAGCCUCAUCCUGCAGGCAGAGAAACAUUUCCUGCUUGUAGACGGAGCAGGCUUGUAUACGUUCUCCUAUGAGGGCCGAUUGAUAUCCUCACCCAAGUUCCCUGGUAUGAGAGCUGACAUCCUAAAUGCCCAGGGCGUCUCGCUUAGUAACGAUACCAUUGCCAUUCGAGACAAGAGUGAUGAAAAAGUCAUCCUUCUCUUUGACGCCCUGAGCGGGAAAGCCCUCAGCGAUGGCAAACCCUUGACUCAUAAGCUGGAGGUGGUGGAGAUAGCUCUGGACCAGUGUGGCCCAUCCACCGAGAGGAAGAUCGCACUGAUUGACAAGAACCGUGACCUUUAUUUGACCUCCGUACGUCAUCUUGGGCGAGAACCCAAAAUCUGUAAAAUUGGAAGCAUGGUUCACAGUAUGGCAUGGAAUGAUGCUGCUAACAUCCUGUGUGGAAUCCAAGACAACCAGUUCACAGUGUGGUACUACCCGAGUGCUGUCUUCACUGACAAGGAACUCCUGCCAAAAACACAGUCCAUAAAGGAUGGCAGUGAGUUCAGCCGUGCACCCCACAUUCUGAGCUAUGUUGGCACCAAGGUGACGCUACGCCAAGGGGACGGGUCACUUGUGUACAGCAGUGUACCACCAUACCCAGCCCUCCUGCACGAAUACAGCACCUCCGCACGCUGGGAGGAUGCACUGCGCCUCUGCCGCUUCGCCAAGGACCAGUCUUUGUGGGCUUGUCUUGCUGGCAUGGCGAUGGCAAACCGGGAGCUGACCACAGCAGAAAUGGCUUACGCUGCCAUUGGAGAGUUACCUAGGGUGCAGUACAUCAACUUUAUAAAGGAGCAGCCAUCUAAGGAGUCGUCUUUGGCCCACAUGCUGAUGUUCAGCGGUCAGGUCCAGGAGGCUGAGGCCACUCUGUUACAAGCUGGUCUCAUCUACCAAGCCAUACAAGUCAACAUUGACCUUUUCAACUGGGAGAGGGCCCUGGAGCUGGCAGUCAAACACAAGACCCACGUGGACACCGUGCUGGCGUAUAGAGGAAAGUUUCUACAGAAAUUUGGCAGAAAGGAAACCAAUAAGAGAUUCCUGCAGUAUGCUGAAGGGGUUGAGGUGGACUGGGAGAAAAUCCAGGCGAAGAUAGAGAUGGAGUUGUCUAAAGAGAGAGAGAAAGCUGCUACUGCCUCUGUGAGGAGCAGCAUGGCCUCUCGACGUUAAUGUUCAGGGGACCUUUCUCUAAAACAUCCUCUCUGCAUGAAACAAUUUACAUGUGCUUUUGACAUUUGGCGAAUAUUAACAAUAAUAGCUCUGCGUAGCAAUUGAACAGUAAUGGCUCGGCAUCAGAGUACUAAAAAAGUCUGUACUUGACGUUAAAUGUCUACCAUUAGUAACAAGUACAUUAACUUCAAGUACAAAAAAAAGAGAAUAUUUGGAGCUGUGAAGAUUAGUGAAGAAUAUGACUGUAACACUACAAUCUUACGUCCGUUGGUGUGUAGUGUUAAACAUUAGCAUUACUUUAUACAUGGCAUUAUGUUACUGUGGGUGUAUGAUUUGAAUUCAUUAUUUGAAAUAUCUAUAUCUUAUAUCGGUUUCAAAGCAACAACACCAUGAUGGCCUUUCUGUCAUAUCAGCUUCACUGUGGUUUCAGCGCAUCAAGUUCAGAGUUGAUUAUCUUUUUCAUUUGUCAAAAUUAACUUGACAUGCUCAGUCAUGCACAAAUAUAUUGCUGUAUGGUUUCUCAGUGAAGUUUGUCUCUUUGUCUUUGUUUGGAUAGAUAUUUUUACAGUUUAUAUUUUCAAAACUUUGCCUUCUGUAAACAUUGUAAAGAAUGUCACUUAAUAAAACUGAUGGAAAUACUGUA